AUGUCUGCUGGACGAGCCAUUAGCUCGGGCAGGCUCAACGUCCUCGUCUACUCUGGCCACGGGAGCACUGUAGAAUCGGUCCGCCAUUGCCUCUACACGCUCCGCCGCCUGCUCGCUCCCAACUAUGCCGUAAUCCCCAUCACAGCAGACAUGCUCAUCAAAGAGCCCUGGCUCUCCACCUGCGCCAUGUUGGUCAUGCCUGGAGGCGCUGAUUUGGGCUAUUGCGCAUCCCUGAAUGGCGCGGGAAACCGCAGAAUUACUCAAUUCGUGCAGAACGGUGGUGCAUACCUCGGUUUCUGUGCCGGUGGUUAUUAUGGGAGUCGCAGGUGGGGUGUGCGUUUGAAGGGUUUGUUUAUUCUAGUGAAGCUGGGGCAAGGGCGGCGGAGUUAUUAUAACGGUGGCGGCGUUUUUGUCGAUGCAGAAGCCUAUGCGGAUCAAGGAGUUGAAAUACUCGCAAGCUAUACGGAAGAACUUGCCGUUGACUCGGGCAAGGGUGCAGCGGCAGUCGUAUAUCGCAAGAUUGGCGAUGGAGCGGUUGUCCUUACCGGUCCUCAUCCAGAAUUCGCCGCCGUCAAUCUCGACAAAUCCGCCGGUGGCCUCGAAUACGCAAAAAUCAUUGACCAAAUAGCUGCCGACGAUACCGCCAGAACAGACUUCCUGAAAGCAUGCUUGACCAAAUUAGGCCUACAAGUCAGUCAAGACACUACUACGGUACCGUCUCUUUCUUGCUUGCACAUGUCCUCUGUCGAGCCUGAGUAUACUCAAGCUAUUGUAUCUGCUCUGGAAGAGAUAAUGACCAAAGAUGAGCAAAAAGACAUCCUUAAAGACGAUAUUGAUACCUUUCGGGUCGAGAGGGCGUACGACAAGACGUACGAAAUGGAUGAUUUGAAGGAGGCUUUGGCGGAAGAAGUGGCGGUAGAAAAGGCGACCUCUAGUGAAGGCAUUGUUGAUUACAAUGCGAUUGUCAAGCGAUUGCUGAUUCAUAGAGAGCUGUCUUCGUCGAAAUUGACGCCGUAUUUUAAUCACCAUGCAUUCUAUGCCAAUCUUCGACACUAUCAGUCGCAGUCGAAGGAAGCGGUGGUCGAUUUUGGAAGGUCUAUUAUAUACGGUGAAGUUGUUACAAGUACUAGUUCUAUGUUGGAAAAGAAUACCCGCCUUCUUCGACGACUGCCCACCGGCUUCACAAUGACGGCCACCGUCCAAGUCGCUGGAAGAGGUCGCGGAUCGAACGUCUGGGUAUCACCAGCAGGAGCUCUCAUGUUCUCGACUGUAAUAAGGCACCCAAUGGAAAAGAUGCAAUCGGCACCGAUAGUCUUUGUCCAAUACCUUGCAGCUAUGGCUGUUGUCAAGGGAAUAAAAACCUACGACAAGGGAUACGAGCAGCUGCCAAUCAAGAUGAAAUGGCCCAACGACGUUUAUGCCAUGGACCCCGCCGAACCCGACAAGCAAAAAUACACCAAAAUCUGCGGCGUCCUCGUCAACUCCCACUACUCCUCAGAAGAGUACGUCGCCGUCGUGGGUAUCGGCAUAAACGCCACAAACGCGUCACCAACCACAUCGUUGAAUGCCAUCGUCGAGAAAUUCGCGUCUCGCGAAACCUUCAAACAAAACCCCAUCAUUCUUGAGAAAUUACUUGCGCGAGUGCUAACGGUGUUUGAAGAAUUAUACAUCCGUUUCCUCCGCAACGGCUUUGACAAACAGUUCGAAGACAUGUAUUACGAGGACUGGCUGCAUAUGCAUCAAAUCGUGACGCUGGAAGAAGAAGGCGGUGCCAGAGCUAGGAUUAAGGGUAUAACGCGUGAUUAUGGAUUGCUUCUAGCGGAGGAACUGGGCUGGGAAGAUCGGCCGACGGGGCGUGUGUGGCAGUUGCAGAGUGAUAGUAACAGUUUUGAUUUUUUCAGGGGGCUGUUGAAGCGGAAGGUCUAG